UGAAUUUGAAGAAUUUCCGGAUGAUGCAAUUGAUAGCGUUGACUAUUUUCCAGAUGAGUCAAUAGAUGCAUCUGGAGAAGAAUCGGGAUUGGGGCCCACACUGCCUCGCACCCGCAGUAUGUUAAAGGAAGGAACAAACAACAUUACAAAGCAGGUUCAUCUGUAUCUGACUAGUCCGAUGUUGACAAGAUUUGUGCCAUCUCUGUACACCUUGGUAUUCCUUGUGGCACUUCCUCUCAAUGUCAUGGCAGUCAUCAUAUUCUUGUUUAAAAUGAAGGUCAGGAAGCCGGCUGUAGUCUAUAUGCUGAACUUGGCCACGGCUGAUGUCCUCUUCAUCAGUGUUCUACCUUUCCAAAUUGCUUACAGAUUUGCAGGAAAUGACUGGCACUUUGGACCUGGCAUGUGUCGAUUUAUCACUGCAGCAUUUUACUUCAACAUGUACUGCUCCAUCCUUCUUAUGACAAGUAUCAGUGUGGACCGGUUCCUGGCAGUUGUUUAUCCAAUGCAUUCUCUUUCUUGGCGCACAAUGAGUAGAGCCUGGAUGGUCUGCAUCUCCAUUUGGAUUGUGUCCAUUGCCAGCAGUGCGCCUCUUUUUAUGAAUGAGCAGACUAAACAUGUUGCCUCAUUGGGCAUCACCACCUGCCAUGAUGUUCAAGACCUGAAGUACCUCAAGGGAUUUUACAAGUACUAUUUUACCACUUUUAUCAUGGUCUUCUUUGUGUUGCCGUUAAUAAUUACAACCAUCUGUUAUAUCGGCACCAUACGCAGCUUGAGCAGUACAAGCAUUGAGAACUCAUGCAAGAAGACCCGAGCCUUAGUCUUGGCCAUUGUGGUGCUCUGUGUUUUCAUCAUGUGCUUUGGGCCCAGCAAUCUCAUCUUCCUAAUACAUUAUUUGUACUUCAGUCAUGGAGCCAACCAGUCUCUGUACUAUGCCUACAUUCUGUGCGCUUGCAUUAGCAGUGUCAACUGCUGCCUGGACCCAAUUAUUUAUUACUAUGGCUCCACCCAGUGUCAGAGGUACUUGUACAGUUUGGUGUGUUGUAAGAAGUUGACUGAGCCUGUAAGCAGCAGUGCUCGGUUAAUGAGCACCGCAAGCAAAAAUGAGACGGUCGUCAGCACCGCAAAAAAUAGCGUCUACAGAAAACUCUUGACCUAA